AUGUACAUGCCUGUUGUGAGCGGUCUUGAGAGCAAUCAUGACUUUUCCAACUUUGAAGAGAAAAACAGUAAUUCUUUCCCUAAAUUUUAUCUACUCACCCCUCCUGUAGGGGUGAAUUACCCUUUAUUCCCACACCAGGAUGUUAUGCCUUUAAUAGAUCCCUGCUCAGGUUCUGUGAGUCUAAUAGCAGAUGCUGACAGUGUUGGAAGAGCUAUUGAAUCCCUGGUGGACUACAGUGAUAUGAAACCUCACCUGGUCCCCACAGGAGGCCUUCAGGAGGAAACUGGCCAGAACAGACAGUGGGAGUCAGGACAUGAUUCAGAGGGCUUAACACAGAGGUGGGCAUGGGGAUUGCAGAAUGAACCAGGUUGUUCGACAAGUCUGAUAAGGAGCAGAGAUGACUUCUUGCCCCCGCUGGAAGCUAACAUAUUUAUCUUUCCAGGCCAUGAGGCAGCUGAGUUGCUCAGUAGCUGUGCUGGUGCAGUAUAUUUUGAAGACAUUGACAAUGCUGGUGUAGACUUAAUCCCAUUUAACCAUGUGCAAACUUCAAAGUCUCGCUAUACAAGCAUUGCACACACUCCAACUAUCCCUGGAUACAGUGGCAAGGUUCAUUGAUCGGCAACUCACCCGGGAAAUUCUAAUCUUCCAUCAACAACCCCAUCAGUAAUUGCACAAAUGCAUGGAUACAUAGCAAGAUGUGGAGGUUUGUCUCAGUAUAAGCACCAAGGACUUUUUUCUCAAGUGUUUGCUCCAGUUGGUCCUCAUUCUUUCAACAAGGCAGAACAAGAAACCUUUACAAUUUAG